AUGGUUGCAAAGCUGGUAGCAAUCCUCAUUGUCGGAGUCCUCACCGGAGGCCUGCCGUGGCCGGUGCUGGCUCAGAACUACAGCUGCAACGCUGGCCUGUGUUGCAGCCAAUUUGGGUUCUGCGGCACCGGCGUUAGAUACUGUGGCGACGGCUGCCAAGCCGGUCCUUGCUAUUCACCACCUAGUGGUGGAGGUGAUGGGGGUUGUAUUUCGGUCGCAGAUGUUGUGACGGAGGAUUUCUUCGAUGGGAUUAUUAACCAAGUAGAUGCGAGCUGCACCGGGAAGAACUUCUACACGCGCUGCGCCUUCCUUGAUGCUCUCAACUCGUACCCUGAGUUUGGCCAGGGUGGUUAUGCUAACGACUCUAAGCGUGAGAUCGCUGCUUUCUUUGCUCAUGCCACCCACGAGACUGGAUGCUUUUGUUACAUCGAGGAAAUUGAUGGUCCCUCUAAGAACUACUGUGUUGAGGGUGCACGAUAUCCUUGUAUACCUGGGAAGGGUUAUUAUGGUCGCGCAGGAGAGAGCAUAGGGUUCAAUGGCUUAAACAAUCCUGAAAUUAUGGCUAAUGAUCCAGUUAUUUCAUUUAAAACAGCCUUUUGGUUUUGGAUGAAAAAUGUGCAUUGGCAGCAGAUCAAUGAAUAUCAAAAUGAUUAUAGAUCAAAAGCGAGUCAUGAUAACGAAAUAAUAAAAAAAGUGAGAGUGAAAGCGUACAUUGGCAGCAGAUAA